ACCAUUCAAUUUUCAACUCACCCACAGCAAUUCUCCAUAAAUCUGCUGUGGAUUACCCAGAAUCCCGAAAUAAAUGAAUACAUAUGUGAUCAUUCAAACACAUAUCUGUUUGUGCUUAUAGGGAACCAGAUCUUCAAUACAACUAAGUUACUAAGUCUUUAACCACACUGUGUUGUUACACUGGUGAGUAAAAACUCAGGCGUCCUACACUUUAACUUGUUGUCUGAAAACAAAAUUAACAUUUUACUCAACUGCGUUACCCACCAGUCAGCAGAUGGCGGUCUGAGACUUGAAGGUGAUGCUGCUGGUGUGACGUAUAAUGUAGUGGACGGAACGCUUCUUUCAACAGCAGCAACAGUUCGUCAGCCACCUCCGUAGCUUGCUAGACAAAAUAGACAAACCAAUAUAGCUCUUUAGACGCUUUCGUGUAUAUUAGCCACUGUGUUUUAAACCCACUUCUGUCGUCUACUUAGUUAUCCGAUUUAAUUUCAUAUUUACGGUGUUGUUAUUAUUCAGCUAGCGGGCUGGUUAAGUUAGCAUUAGCCUAGCUAGCUAACAUCCCCGACCAUGAGGUCACUAAGCGAUUUUCCUUCUAAAGAGGAGGAAAAUAUCACAGUAAAACAAGAAGUCGAGAGUGAGGUCGUUACUGUGAAAGAGGAGGAGGAUGUUACAGUAAAAGAAGAGGAGGACUCAGAGUGAAAGAGGAGGAUGCAGUUUGUGGCGUGAAAGAGAAGGAGGGAGAAAUGACUGUUACAUCGAAAAAGGAGGAGGGAGAAGAGGUGGAACCUGGAUAUCUGGGCCCGGUUUCUCAAACGCAUCUUAAGGCAUCCAAUGGUUCUAACGAUGAAUUUAGCCAUAAGAUGGUUUUGAGAAACCGUUCCCUGAUUAACACUGGAGAGAUACGGGACUAUCGUGGAUCCUCUGGGGAGCCUCAACAACCUCAUGAUGCUGAAGAGGGAGAGAAGGGUCUCUCCAGAUCAGAACACCUCAAUAAACACCUGCAGAGACCCACAGUGAAGAGAACUCACUGCUGCUCUGACUGUGGGAAGAGAUUAACCUCAUCAGGCAUUACAAUUCAUCAGAGAAUACACACAGGAGAGAAAUCUUACAGCUGUGGUCAAUGUGGGAAGAGUUUUACAACAUCUGGCUCUCUGACUCAACACCUGAGAACACACACAGGAGAGAAAUCCUAUAGCUGUGAUCAGUGUGGGAAGAGUUUUGUUCAAUCUGACCAGCUGACACUACACCAGAGAACACACACAGGAGAGAAACCAUAUAGCUGUGAUCAAUGUGGGAAGAGGUUUGUUCGAUCUUGCCAUCUGACUCUACACAAGAGAAUACACACAGGAGAGAAACCCUAUAGCUGUGAUCAAUGUGGGAAGAGAUUUGCUACAUCUGGCCACCUGACGCUACACCAGAGAACACACACAGGAGAGAAAUCUUAUAGCUGUGGUCAAUGUGGGAGGAGUUUUAGUCAAUCUGGAGAUCUCAGAGUGCACCAGAGAACACACACAGGAGAGAAACCAUAUAGCUGUGAUCAAUGUGGGAAGAGAUUUGCUACAUCUGGCCACCUGACUCUACACCAGAGAACACACACAGGAGAGAAAUCUUAUAGCUGUGGUCAAUGUGGGAGGAGUUUUAGUCAAUCUGGACGUCUCAGAGUGCACAAGAGAACACACACAGGAGAGAAACCUUAUAGCUGUGGUCAAUGUGGGAGGAGUUUUAUUCAAUAUGGAGAUCUCAGAGUGCACAAGAGAAUACACACAGGAGAGAAACCUUAUAGCUGUGAUCAAUGUGGGAAGAGGUUUGGUCGAUCUUGCCAUCUGACUCUACACCAGAGAAUACACACAGGAGAGAAACCCUAUAGCUGUGCUCAAUGUGGGAAGAGAUUUGCUACAUCUGGCCACCUGACUCUACACCAGAGAACACACACAGGAGAGAAACCUUAUAGCUGUGGUCAAUGUAGGAAGAGUUUUUCUUCAUCUAGCUCUCUGACUGAACACCAGAGAAUACACACAGGAGAGAAACCUUAUAGCUGUGAUCAAUGUGGGAAGAGAUUUGCUACAUCUGGCAACCUGACUCUACACCAGAGAACACACACAGGAGAGAAACCUUAUAGCUGUGGUCAAUGUGGGAGGAGUUUUAGUCAAUCUGGAGAUCUCAGAGUGCACAAGAGAAUACACACAGGAGAGAAACCUUAUAGCUGUGAUCAAUGUGGGAAGAGGUUUGGUCGAUCUUGCCAUCUGACUCUACACCAGAGAAUACACACAGGAGAGAAACCCUGUAGCUGUGCUCAAUGUGGGAAGAGAUUUGCUACAUCUGGCCACCUGACUCUACACCAGAGAACACACACAGGAGAGAAACCUUAUAGCUGUGGUCAAUGUAGGAAGAGUUUUUCUUCAUCUAGUUCUCUGACUGAACACCAGAGAAUACACACAGGAGAGAAACCUUAUAGCUGUGAUCAAUGUGGGAAGAGAUUUGCUACAUCUGGCAACCUGACUCUACACCAGAGAACACACACAGGAGAGAAAUAUUAUAGCUGUGGUCAUUGAAAAUAAGAAUUUGUUCUUAACUGACUUGUUUCGUUAAAUAAAGGUUAAAAUAAAAAAAUAAAAAACAUGUGUGACCUCUCACCUCUCAGGUGAGGGGGUUCUACUGUGGUGCUCUUGUCCUCUUCCUAAAUGACUGAUACUUUGUCACCCUGCAUGCCUGGCUGCAGACCACACUGGACCCCUCCCUGUCAUGUGUCUGUACCUGGCUCAAAACGCAUGCAGGCACAAACACACAUCGCCUUGUGUAAGAUGGUUAAAGCAAAGUGGGGAGCUCUCUCAGACCUCUUCAUCUCAUUUCUUUUAAAAGCCAUCUGCCCAUCCUCCCUCUAAGGGGACAUAACCGCUAAGGGAACAUAAAUAUUUACCAUCUAAACCAUGUGUGACCUCUCACCUCUCUGGCUAUAGAAGUGUUCUUCCUAACCAGUCCCUCAACAGCUCUCUGAUCUCUGACUGAGCUCCACCCUCACUGGGUCUUCAGAGGAGAGGAAGGCUGAGGAGGGUUGGAAGGAUGAAUGGAUCAGUCAGUCAAUAAAGUGUAGAGCUUCUGUCUGACAAAAUCACUAUUUUAGUAGUUCAUUAAAGGAAAUAAGGCUUUAUGACUGCUGAAUACCAACAAUCAAAUCACUUAGAUCAUGUAUUUUCAGGUAGAGAUAGAUCCUUGGGACGUCACUAGCCCGUUGAAGUUGACAUUUACAAUGGUUACGGUAGGGUUGAG